UUUUUAAAACAUUUUUUUACACGUGCGUUUCCACACUCGUGCAAUUCUCAUCUCUGCCCCGUCUCCUCUAAAACCCAAAACCCUAACCGCUUCUUAACUCUGCUCCUCACUAGCGAACGACACUGUUGAGGAAACGCCCGGAAACCGAGUCCGAGGAAUUCGAGAUCUUGACUAAAUCAGAUUGGAGUUCAGAAAAAAUUUUUUUUUUUUUUCUUUCCUAGAUUAGCUUUUGAAGAUGGUGCAAUAUAAUUUUAAGGAGAUUACUGUGGUACCAAAUGGGAAGGAUUUCAUUGACAUUAUUCUCUCUCGUACCCAAUAGCAGACACUGACUGUUGUACACAAAGGUCAUGCCAUUUCUCGCCUGAGGCAGUUUUACAUGCGUAAAGUGAAAUACACUCAGCAGAAUUUUCAUGAGAAGCUCUCAACAAUUGUUGAUGAGUUCCCUCGAUUGGAUGAUAUCCAUCUGUUCUACAGGGACCUUCUUUACGUGCUUUACAACAAAGAUCAUUAUAAACUCGCUCUUUGCCAGAUAAAUACAGUAAGAAACCUUAUUGGUAAGAUUGCUAAAGAUUAUGUGAAGCUGUUGAAGUAUGGUGACUCUCUUUACAGGUGCAAGUCUCUCAAGGUUGCAGCUUUAGGACACGUGUACAGUGAUAAAGAGGAUUAGCCCAAGUUUGGCCUACCUAGAGCAGAUUAGACAACACAUGGCAAGGCUGCCUUACCUUAUAUUUACCCUAACACUCGGGCAAUCUUGAUUUGUGGGUAUAGUAAUGUUGGCAAGAGCUCAUUUAUGAACAAAAUCACCAGCGCCGAUGUGGAUAUCCCAAUCAAGAUCAAGGUCACGACCUCCAAGUGAAGUUGUCCCAGGUGAGGGAUUCAAGGAUUCUAAACAAAAGGUCAAGGCAAUCAAACUGGGAAAGAAUUCUGUUAGGAAGAGGAUGCUCGUAGGGGAGAGGCAGAUGAGAUAGGGUGAUUCCUACCUUGAAACCCAAGCAUUUGUUCUCUGGGAAGCGUUUUAUUAGAAGGACUCAAAGACGUUAAUCCACUUGGGGUAUAUCAUAUGAAUUAUUGCCCAACGAGAUGCCUUCUUAUUUAGUCCUGGAUCCUUCUCAUAGUCUUGUUUCUUGUCAGGAAUUAGGUGUAAGCUUUAUAAUUUAUAUAUCUAUUAAUUUCAUUCCUCAAAUUUCUUUGCAUGAGUUCUUUUAGGGCACAUUUCGAAUACAAGAUUGGAUAAGAUGGGAUGUGAUAUAAACAAUGAGAUUAGAUUAGAUGAGAUUGGAUUAGAUAAUAAAAUAAUCCAAUCUUCUGUUUGGAGAGCUACAGUUGGGAAAUAAAUAUGUAUAUCUGUU